AUGGCGGAACCCUCUGAAAAGGAAAUUGUUUCACACGAUGAGUCUUCGGCCUCGCGUUACGAUGCCUCUGGCACGAACCGUGACAUUGACCCCGAGAAGCUCAACGACCCCAAAAUGCAGAAAUUGGCUGGCGAAAUCACUUACGACGAUGAGACAGACCCAGUGAAUAGACAGCACAAUCCUCUCGCCCAAAAGCUGCGCUCGCGGCACAUGCAGAUGAUCGCGAUUGGCGGCUCGAUCGGCGCGGGUCUAUUCGUGGGUUCCGGAAGUGCGUUACACAAGGGUGGUCCUGGGAGUGUGCUCCUGGGGUUCAUAAUCAUCGGCUUCAUGCUGCUCUGUACAAUGCAGGCGCUUGGCGAAUUGGCCAUUCUGUACCCUGUGAAUGGCGCUUUUUACACCUACAUUGUUCGAUUCGUCGACCCAUCCCUCGGGUUUGCAGUGGGUUGGGACUACGCCAUCGGCUGGCUUACUGUCUUGCCCUUUGAACUUACCGCGGCGUCAAUCACGAUCGAGUACUGGAGGGAUGACAUCCACGUCAGCGUUUGGAUCACCGUUUUCUUGGUAUUCCUGUGUCUGGUCCAGAUAUUCGGCGUUCUCGGCUACGGUGAGGUGGAAUUUGUGCUGGCCAUGAUCAAAAUCACUGCUUGCAUAGGUUUUAUCAUCUUCGGCAUUGUGGUUGACUGUGGCGGCGUCUCUUCCGAUGAUCGUGGCUACAUUGGUGCUCGAUAUUGGCAUAAUCCUGGCGCUUUUCAGAAUGGAUUCAAAGGCUUCUGCACUGUAUUUGUCACAGCAGCUUUUGCUUUCGGUGGCACCGAGCUCGUUGGGUUGGCGGCUGCAGAAGCAGCUGAUCCUCAUCGCUCCCUUCCUAAAGCGACUCGACAAGUCUUUUGGCGAAUUGCGACUUUCUACGUCCUUUCUCUUUUCAUUGUCGGCCUUAUCGUGCCAUCGGACAGCCCAGACCUUCUGGGAGCCAGCGGUGCCAAUACCAAGGCCUCUCCCUUUGUCCUGGCCAUCAAGUACGCAGGUGUCAAAGGGUUACCAUCUGUGAUGAACGCGGUCAUCACCAUCUCGGUCAUUAGUGUCGCCAACAGCUGCACUUACGGCUCCUCGCGCACCAUGCAGGCUCUCGCGGCCAGAGGAAUGGGACCGAAGUUUUUGAUGUAUGUCGAUCGGAAGGGAAGACCACUCUGGUGUGUCGUGAUCCAGCUGUUGUUCGGGUGCCUCGCGUACAUUGGUGAGGCCAAUGCUUCCGACACCAUCUUCACGUGGUUGUUGUCCCUGUCCGGUCUGAGCUUUUUCUUCCUGUGGAUGAGCAUCAAUCUCUCGCAUAUUCGUGAGUAUGCCCACGGCUUCACGAAACACCAACUGCCCUAUCAGGCGGCCUUUGGCAUCUGGGGAUCCUACAUUGGAUUUUCGCUCAACGCCCUGGCUAUCAUUGCAACAUUCUACACUUCGCUGUUCCCGCUCGGAUCGGACCCCGACGCAGAGGUGUUCUUUGAGAAUUUCCUCGCCGCCCCAAUCGUCAUCGCUCUGUUCAUCGGGUGGAAAGUUUACUCCCGCGACUGGAAGCUCUUCAUCCGUGCCGAUGAGAUGGACGUCACGAUGGGUAUAAGGCGAGGGAGUCUCGAGAUCGCGGCCGAAAAGGGACGUAGCGGGUGGAGAAAGGCACUCCGGGUGUUUAUUUGA